GUGAACCAUUCCCGGCUCUCCCUUCUCCCUCUUUCUCCAUCUCCCCCUCGUCUGCAAAGUCUCCGCUGCUGGGAACUUGUUGGCAAUGCCUGUUUUUCAGCUUUCCCCCACGUUUUCCAAAGUAACUAUUUAAAGAUCUGCAGUCGCAAAUGGUUUUACUAAAUGUAGGAUGGGACUUAAGUUGAACGGCAGAUAUAUUUCUCUGAUCCUUGCUGUACAGAUAGCGUACCUGGUGCAGGCGGUGAGAGCAGCGGGGAAGUGCGAUGCGGUCUUUAGGGGCUUCUCGGACUGUUUGCUCAGGCUGGGCGAUAACAUGGCCAACUACCCGCAGGACCUGGACGACAAGAGAAAUCUCCAAACGAUCUGCUCGUACUGGGAUGAUUUCCAUUCCUGCACCCUCACAGCCCUCACGGAUUGCCAGGAAGGCGCGACAGAUCUUUGGGAAAAACUGAAAAGGGAAUCCAAAAACCUCGAUUUUCAAGGCAGCUUAUUUGAACUAUGCGGAGGAAGCAACGGGUCAGCUCCUUCCCUACUCCUCCCUGCCUUCCCCCUGCUCCUGCUGGCUCUCUCUGCAGCGUUAAUGACCUGGUUCUCCUUCUAGGAGGUCUCUUCUGGUAGAACACACAUACCCACCCACACACACACUCUCCAUAUACUGGAUUUAUAGAGGAAGUGUCCAUCCGUUUUUUGGGGACCGUUGUGAUUAUCUGUGAUGAUGAAACAUCCAUAUAGGAUUGUGGAAACGUUCUCUCUUUAUUUUGUGUUUUAUUUGCCAAAUGUUACCAAACAAUGAGCAACAAACAGCCAAAAUCGGACCUCAGCUUUAGUGUCUCUUCAAAUAAAAAUAGAAAACCCGAGCCCUUUGUGCAAAAGAAUCUCAGGAACGGCUUUGGGCCACCUAAUAUUAAUAAUCUUAAUAAAUAAUAAUAAUAACAACAACAACAACAACAACAAAAGAUGGGCUCCUCUUGUAAUAUGAAAGAAAACGAUGAGUUGAGAAAAAAGGCACUGGAAAUGAAUCCAAGAUUGAUAUCCACGUGUGAAGCAUAUGGUGAAUAACUCACAAUCUAUCAUCUUUCCUCCACAGUCGCUUGUUUAUUGGUCAUUCCACUGCAAAAAAAAAAAUUCCUCGAGGGGGAAAAAAAGAAAGAAAUGGACAGUUAAAAAAAAAGAAGGAAGGAAAGAGAUUAUAUCUAAUGACUGAAGGAUUGAAUGCUGCUAAGAUUGCUGAGAGUUUAGCUUUACUUGGUGUUGUCAAAGCAUCUUUCCGAGUUCACUGCCUUUAAUUUCCCUCCUCUUCUCUUGUUUUAGAUGUUACACAUACAGUAAAAUACCUGAAUAUCCAACAGUAUAGAUCACAAAAAGGGGGCUUAAAUGUAAACCUAAAAAUACAGCAUAUUGAUUUUGACAAAAAAGAACCUUGAUUUUAAAAGAAAAGAUGUAAUUUAAAAAGAGUUUAUUAUAAAGCCAAUUCAGCAAAAAAAAAUUUGCUACAAGUAUAGAAAGAAGUAUAAAAUAAAAAUUAUUGUUUGAAAUGAGGGUGUCGUUUUAUUUGUAAAAUAUGCAUGGUAUACAUCUAUUUAACCGGACAGGCUUUUAAUAUAACAGCGGCUAAAUGCAGAGCUGCUAAAUUAAUUAACAUCGUCAUCUUGGUGCAAAAAAAUAUAGAAUUGCUAAACUAAUUAACAUAGCCCUUUAAAAAUCAUGCUAUAAAACUCCCUUAAAAAAGUACACAAUACUCCUUUUCUAAAACGUGGGACUCAUCUGCUGUGACUGCUUACAGAGGGAACCAGCCCAAGCCAGCUAGAGUGAGUGCCAGAUUUCAGUGGGAACCCGGGGUGCCAGGGCAAUGCAGGACGGGCUCCCAGGUCUAGCACUUCUGCAUUUGCAGCCGUUUGUCAAAAAUCCGCCCCGGUUAUCCUUCCCUUUAUUCACAUGCGCGGGUUUUGCUGGCACAGCAAUUGCUGGCGGCGUUAUAGGCAGACUAUUUACAGCAAUAGUCUUUACAUACGUAUUUAGUGAUUUCUUUUAAAAAAAUUAACCCAUUUUGCUGAAAAGGGGACCGUUUAUAGCUGUGGAGGGGAGAGAAAGCAACCACCAUUAAGAUGCUGCAAAGGAGGGACAGAAAGCUGCUGCCUGAGAUCAGAUGAGUCCUUUCAUAAUUAAUAAGACAGCUCAGCUGAAAUAGCCAGGAGACUGGGCCCUAUUGAUUUAGCAGCAGAAGCUGCUAUAACCUUGUCUAUUUAUAGGAUUUUGAUGCGUUUAUGGAGAGGUAAACAUCAAGGAGUAAACACAUCCUUUCUACCUAUAAGAUGAGAGUCCUGCUGAGAGGGAGGAAGCUGAGGGAAAGGGGAGGAGGGGGUCAGAGUUUAAUUUUGAUUCUGCAAUUCUAGUCAUACAUAUUAUUUAUUCUGGUGCGGGAGGGAAAUGUAAUAAUCCCCCUUCUCCAACAUAUCAUUAUUCUCUCUCUCUCUCUCCCCCCCCCCCCCCAAGGUCUGUAAAGUCUGAAAUGUAAUGGGUAAGCAAUAGCAAACGUAACAGUUCAUAAAUCAAACAGUGGGUUGCAAUCCAAUCUGCAUUUCCCAAACGUAUUGAAUCCCAGCAACAAAUGGGCCCCGGAACUGGAGCCAGCCGCCUUUAGCACUGGAAGCGAUGUUGAUUUUUAAUGAUAAAAUACAUUAUAUGUGUGUGGGGGAGGAGGGGAGAGGAAAUCACCAAUCUAUGCAAAGCUCAGCCUCCUUUCAUGGGCAUUUUUCCACCCUUCCCUUCCCUUCCUUCCCUUCUUUCCCACAUUGGCACUGCCAGGGAACCGUGGGCUUUCUGCGAAUGGCUUUUCCCAGAUGAUCAAAAUUUAGAUCGCUAUUAAAAUAAUCAUGACAUCACACGUUGCUAUUAUUUUUUUAGCACAAACUGACAGCUGCAAGAGAGGGGGGAAGGAAAUGGGAGAGUUCAGGCAAACCCUGCACUGCCUUAGCACCCGCUAGAGUUCCCACUGAAGCGAACAGCAAAACUCCCAUUGAUUGCAGUGGGAGUAGAAUCGGGUCCUUCUUCGGGCCAAACUCCCACUGAAAUUUUGCCAGCGUAA